AUUUCAAGAACCAUGUCUUCAUAUGCCAUUACCGGAGCCUCUAAAGGCAUCGGCCGCGAAUUCGUGCGCCAACUCGCAGCCAACCCUGACAACACCGUCCUCGCUAUAGUACGCAACCCUGAAUCGCCCGAAAUCCUGGACCUCGCCUCCAACCACUCCAAUGUGCACCUGAUCAAAGGCGAUGUGACGGACCCCAAGUCAAUUCUCGAGGCUGCCUCAGCCGCCGCAGCCGUCACUGGUGGGAAGCUCGACGUGCUAAUCCACAACUCCAAUGCCGUGGACGGGGCCACAAUGGGCACUCCGCCGACGGAAUAUCCCUUUGAUGCUCAAGCAAUGAGGGCCAUCUUCGACCUGCCGUUGAGUACGAAUCUCUACGGCGGCAUCUGGACGACUAACGCCUUCCUGCCUCUGAUUGAGCAGGGCACCCAGAAGAAGAUUGUGCACAUCUCCAGCGGCAUAUCAGUCACAGAGUUCAUUUCUAAGAUCGGCUCCAGUGCAGCGGUCGCAUACGCUGUGGCAAAGGCCGGGGUGAACGUCGUGGUCGCUAAGUAUGCGGCAGAGUUGGCGCCGAAGGGCAUCAAGGUGUUGGCUUUGAGCCCUGGAUGGGUGGAUACGUGGGAGGGUAAGUGCCUUUUCCUACUUUUGGAGAUCUCCUAUGCUGUGCAAGCUGGAACAAUCACUGACUUCAUCACUCGCAGGAGGAGAGAAACCAGCCCCAGUUGUAGAAGCGAACAACUUCAUGCUGAAGCAGUUCCAGAUAGUCAAGCCGGAUCUCGAGGGACAAAUCCAGCCUGAGGAGAGCGUGAGAAAGAGUCUCCAGGUGAUUGACCGUCUGGACGCGCAGAACAGCGGCUUGCUCCUCAGCCAUAAUGGCAAUCAGGACAAUUGGUUUUAAAGUGCUCUGAAAAAUGGGUUUAACAUAAUUGAAGAGAUAUAUGUCCUUCCUGUCAUAUUUGCUUUGCAUGCAUCGACUCAUGUUUGAGAAGCCUGUUCUUUAACUUCAUCUUAGCUUUCAAUUGCGCAGUCAUGAGUCUUAUCCCCUAAGUUGUUGAAGUAGAAA